UCGGGAAACCGAAAUGCUGUACUGCUACGGGCGGCGUUAAAGUAGAAUUAAACUGCUCAGAUGAGAUCCAUACCGAUCUUCCCAGAAACAGAAACCCCGAAGAGCUCGGACACAAAGACGAAGCUGCAUAAAUGAUAAACAAGGAAAGCGAAGACCGUGAUACCUAAGAAACGAGAUGAAACAAAAAAGACGCCUGGUACAGCUUUGGCAAAUAACCAGGGAUCCGGCCAUUCAAUGCCAAACAGGUAGCCCUUAAGGAUCGAGGCACUUAGACAAUACAACAAAGAAGAGUGGGGGACUCACAUCCAAAACACGGUCGAAUAUGACCUGGACGUUCUUUCAAAUCGACAAAUCGCUGACAAAAUGGAAACCACCCGCCUACCCCCUGAAGACUCCUGAUGGGAACAUAUAUGCGAAGCCGGCGAAAAGCAGAAGUCUUCGCCUCAACUCUGCAACAAGUGUUCACUCCACAUCCAACCAUAAGACCAAGACCACAACCAAGAAAUGGAGGAAGAACUGCGGCGAAUUCUAGCAUGCUUACACUAUUACUCUAGCAAUGCCAGAGUAGGGCCGGAUUUACCGUAGCUAGGGCCAUGUGAGCCCGGCCCCAUAGCGCAUUUACGUAGCUAUGUAUGAUAUCCCAAGAUGGCCCUAUCUAGAAACGAGAUAAAUUUACGGCGACUAUUAAAUAAAUGCGAACUUAUGGUUAAAAGCAAACAGAAGAAGGAUGAAAGGUUUCCCCAGUAUAUCCAAUCAUUGGAGGAAAUGUGGAAAACAUUACAGGGCACUGUAUCAAGUAAAGGCGACGGAAGUGUACGUGAAUAUUAUGAGAGAAUAUUAAAUUUGAAAAUAGCCUUAGGUUUGUUACCAGAAGAUACAUUUGUCGGGAAGUUGAUAGAUGGCACAGAAGGCUCCAAGUUAUCACCUCGUGAUGAAUUAUUAGGUAAAAAUGGAUUAAGAAAACGAGAACCAGCCAAAAAAACAAGUUCUACAAAUGAUUUAGAUGACAUAAUAGAUUAUCACCAAGAUAUGCAGGCAAAGAUCGCUGACGAAAUGCUAACUCUGACCAAAAAUUUAAAAGAACAAUCGGAGCUUGCUAAUAAAAUAAUCAAAAAAGACACGGAGGUCGUUGGUAGAUCAUCACAAUUAACCGAGGAUAACUUCACUAAAUUAAAAAGUGAAUCAAAUAAAUUAACUGAACAUUCUAAGAGGGCUUGGAAGUGUUGGAUGUGGAUAAUGUUACUUGUUGUAUUAGUCGUAUUUAUAAAUAUGGUAUUAUUUAUGAAAGUUAUGAAAAAAAAAUAUUGAGUCAUGUUUGGAUUAAAAAAUAGGUAUUUAAAAAACUAUUUUAAUGUAUAACACUGAAUCAGUUUUUGUUCUUGUCGUAUUAUUUCUCUGUAGGGUGAUGACGUUCUGUUCUUGUUGAUAUACCUAGUGCCUAGUUUGGUGAUGUUUUUGUAUUUGGAGAAGUGAGAGAGGGCGAUUGAUUUUGAAAUACAAUUUUUGUUACCUG